AUGGCUGCAAGAAGGAAGCGGCCCAGUGGCCCUGGCAUCACCUACAUUGAGCGACUGGAGCCGACGAGUUUGGCAUGGAACUUUGCUCCAAAGGUGACUUCAGGUCCGAAGACCCCCAAGCCGGCUCAGCUUCCUGCACGUUUUCAGGGUGCCACAAUGGUCAUAGCCAAGGCAGAAUUGUCAAGGUCAAAAUACAUUCCUCGACCGCGAAUUUGGAUGGAAACCGAGACCCAGGACGGGCCAGGCAGACAGAAAGCAAGUGGCAAAGAAAACGCAUCAGACAGGCAAGAGAAUGCAGAAAGAGCUACGGCAUCCAAAUCCUCGCAGACAAAGGAUGCAAGAGAUUCAAGUAGAUCCGGUCCAGAUGCUUGGCAGAAACCCAGCUCAUGGGACUCACGAGGUGAGAGUAGCAGAGAGGGCAACAGGGACGGCAACAGGGACGGCAACAGGGAAGACAAUCGACAGUCUUCAAGCCCGCCUUGGCCUGACCCGCGCCCAAACCAGCGGUGGGCAAGUGACCCUCGGCCCGGACAUGGUGACCAGAGGCCGUCUUCAUCUCCGCCUCAAAAUGGCACCAAGACGGAUGAUGAGACCGCCAGGAAGAAUAUCCUCGUGGGAGAGGUAUCGAGAAUUUUUAACAUCAAACAACUCAAAUUCAAAUUUGACUGGAUUCAGAUUUUCAAUUUGGAAUCAGGUUUUGGAGAGAAAGACCUGGAGCGUAAGAAACGCGACCUGUUUCGCAUCCUGCACCCGGACAAGAGUGCCAAGUAUGCGAAGGACGCUGGUGGUGAGGAGCGCCUCAAGGCUGCAUAUGACUUUGUGGACGUGGCAUAUUCAGAUGCGAAGAAAUGGCUGGACCAGAAAAACAAUGGCUAUCUUCCACCGUGGGACAGGGAUCCUUUCGAUUCCUUUCCUACUUCCCAUCCACUGUAUGCUCAGUAUCGACAGAGUUAUCCAUCUUGGAGAAAUGGGGCUGCGAAUACCGCUUCUUCAUCCCGACCGACCACGCCUCCGACACCCACACGAUCUUCGCCGCCUCUCAGGAAGGCACCUCCGCAACAGCCUGACAGCUUCAGGAUGCGAUAG